UUUUUUUUUUUUUUUUUUUUUUUUAAUUAAGCAAGCACAUGAGAAAAAUUGUUAAUUGAAAGUAUAAAGGGUGCAGAUCAACAGACAGAAAGAUUUUUUUAUACACAUAAAUUGUUGUGCACGAAUUGACUCCACACGUAAAAUAAUGGAAACAAAUAAAUACACACUUAUCAGUCAUUCCCUGAUUUCAAUUGUUGGGCAUAAGAGGUUACCAAAUAUGGUGCCAUGGGUGUAUUCAGUUCAGAGAGAUUACCAACAGUUGCUGAUAUUGAGGACCAGCACUCACCAUGAUCCAGCAACAGGAAAUAUUAAUCUGACAUAUGAAAGAAGUGGGUUCAAUCAUCCAAUCACAAAUCAAUGGUAAAUACUCGGAUGGACAGUCUUAAUUUAUUCACUCUUUUUUCUGGUCUCAUUAAACGUCUCAUUACCACCUUGAGAUGAUUCCCAAGAAACUUCCACCACUCCCACCCAUUCGUGAUCUAAUCCGUGUCUAUGGUCUCUCUGCGAAUCAAAAGUUUUCUCAGAACUUUAUUCUCGAUAAGAAUGUAACAGAUACCAUUGCACGCCAUGCCAAAAUAUCAGUGGAUGAUAACCUUGUAGUAGAAGUUGGUCCAGGUCCUGGUCUUUUGACCCGAUCAAUUCUAGAUGCUGGUGCACAACGCGUUGUAGUUGUAGAAAAAGACCCUCGGUUUUUACCUGCAUUACAGCAACUAUCGGAAGCAUCAGAGCAUCGAUUGAGUAUAAUCCAUGGCGACAUGCUUAGGCUUGACCACUCUUUGAUCCUACAAGCUGCCCUUCCAAUGCCCUCGCCUUUAGUACCUACUGCUACUACUAUUACUACUACCCCUACUUUUUUGCCUACACCGCCAUCAUCUCCAACAAUUUCGUCCAUCACCCAACUAUUCUCGGACCCCAAAAGUAUUUCACCUUCAGAUGAAAACACGCUCUUUGAGAAGCCUGCGGAUGAAUCGAACGAGACGAUCCGUCUCCUCGGUAACCUGCCAUUUGGUGUAGCGUCCCCAUUAUUGGUCCAAUGGUUAAAGAUGAUGGCGCUUCAGGAAGGGAUCUUUCGGACCAACAAUAAGGUGUCCAUGACACUCAUGUUUCAGAAGGAGGUUGCUGAGGGUAUUGCCGCACCACCAAGUCAUCCUCAAAGAAGUCGGCUUUCGAUUUUGGCUCAAUCACUCUGUGAUGUCAAGAAGGUUUAUAAACUCUCUGCAAGUAGUUUUGUCCCAAAGCCAAAAGUGGAUGCAGCUGUAGUGCAUUUUGAGAAGAAGCAGGACCCGUUAAUGCCAGGUUCUUUAGACAAGCUGGAAGAUGUGGCGCGGUUUUAUUUCAAUAAGAGAAGAAAAACUAUUGGAAAUAUCACGAAACGAUUGGUUAGGCUUGCACCUGAAGUCCAGCCAGUGGUGGAGGAGUGGAUCGCAGGAGGCAAAUGGGAUAUGAAUAUGCGGGUGGAAGAUGUUACAACGGAGCAGUUUUGUGAUUUAGCUAGGAGAUUAGACCGAGCGCAACUUAAGAUCCCUUUGACCUGAGGUCCACAACAGUUAAUAACUUGAAAAACAUGGAUCUGUUUUCAGAUGAUAAAAUACUAUACAUUUAUUGUUAACUGGAUUCUUCGAUAGCUUAUUCAAGAAACAAAUUUUUGCUCUUGGUCUAGUAUGGUUGCUGUGACAAUAACAUUUCUUUGAAAUAAUCUGGUCUGCUGAUCAAUGAUCCUUGUUUUCUAACCUCACAUGCUUCCCAUUAUUCAAAUUAAGUGUCCAAUUCUACUGAAAGACAUUCA